AUGGCGAUCAAAGGGGAAGGACCUUGGGUCAUUGGGGCGAUGUGGUCUUUGACGGCUGUUGCUUUUAUCUUUGUCGUGCUGAGGGCGUACACAAGAAUCUUUGUCGUCAAGUCAUUCGGCGUCGAUGACCAUGUCUACAAUCUAGCCUUUAACAACCCCUCCGACUUAGCCCCAGCGCUCAUCUUUGAAGCCGUCAGCCAAAGCUUUGCGAUAGUAGGAAUGAGUUUAGCGAAAUGGUCACUCGGACUCUUUCUGCUUCGUCUUGUGAAACAGCAAUGGCACAAGGUGGCUAUUUGGUUGUCCAUGGCCAGUCUCAUGUGCGCUUCCAUCACUGUAUGCUUUGUGUACUGGCUCCAGUGCUCUCCGCCGAAUUACCUCUGGGAUAGGACUAUACCCGGUGGGCGCUGUACGGUGGACACGGCUCCUGCAUCCAUGUUGCUCUGCAUUCUUUGCGUUGUGGUGGACUUUUUUCUUGCUGGCUUUCCAUGGUUGUUUAUCUGGGGGUUGCAGAUGAAGAUGAAAGAGAAGAUUAUCAUCCUCAGCAGUCUCAGUCUCGGGGUCAUUGCCGGAGCGUUUGGCAUCAAGAGAACCCUCGAGGUACCAAAACUGAAGAGUCCCAAUCACACCAAGGACCCUGUCGGCCUAAUCGUCUGGUCUGCCGCCGAGAUGACCGUAACAAUGAUCUGCAUCGGCAUUCCCGUCUGCAGACCUCUUUACAAGAAGUAUCUCAGCAAACGGAGUUCUCGCAACAGCAGUAAGUAUCGGGAGCAGAACUCUGGCGCACCAUAUCCUCUGCAAACUAUUGGUGGAAGUACAAUGUAUCCGGCCCAGGUACAGAAAAAGGACAGCACGUCUGAAGCUUCGGUGAAAGAGUACGAGAGAGACGGUGUCGGAAGUUUAUAUACCAAGAAUAAGAUCUUUACGAAAGGGGCUGAAAGGGGAUAUGGUGAGAAUCAGAGUGAGGAGGAGAUUCUGGGGCCUGAUUUUCGGAGGAGUCAGCAACAAGAUGUUGAGGCACGCUACCACUGGAAUCAAUAA